AAACAUUCGGUUGCACCGGAGCGGAUUUACGAACGGGACGCACCGCGUAUUAUUUUAUUGACAAAAAAAUUCGGCCCGAUUUCGAGAUUUCGAUGCGAACGGUGGGGAAAACAGUGCGAGUUGUGUAUAAACAUUGACAAACGCGAAUUGCGAUCGUGCCAGUUCGAAGAUGCACCAAUCAGCCGAUCCGCCGUCCAGUUAAAAAAGUCCACCAAAUGAACGGUUUCAGUACAGGCGAAGAGGAUUCGAGGGGCCCCACUGACCAAGUCUGCUGUUUGAUCGACAACGGCGAGCGCUGCUCCAAACCGGCCGGGAACGCUUCCUACAGCAAACGAAUACAGAAGACUGUGAUCCAAAGGCGAUUGAAUUUGGGCAUCGACAACAACGCCAGGCACAAUUACAUUUGCGAUUUCCACAAGAUGAUCAUCCAAUGCGCGAGGACGAAACGGCGAAGGAAAGACUCCGAGGAGGAUUCCAACGAAACGGACACCGACGUACCCGAGGUGGAUCUCUACCAGUUGCAAGUCAACACCCUCAGGCGGUACAAAAGACAUUACAAAGUCCCCAUGAGGCAGGGGCUUAAUAAAGCCCAGCUAGCUGACACGUUAAUGAAGCAUUUUAAAUCGAUUCCCGUGAAGGAGAAGGAAGUGGUGACGUUCUUCAUUUACACCGUAAAGACGAACGCCAAUAAAUUGGACCAGAAGAACGGCAUUAACAAUGACACAAAUUAGUAUUUUAGGAGUGCAAUCGAAUUGUGGGAUGUCGAAAACGAAUCUUGUAUUUUGUGCGAUUUGUUUAUUAUAAUAUAUUUUGGAGUUUUUCAUGUUUUCUUUUUUUUUGUAAUUUUGUUGUUUACACACGUACUGUACGCAACACCCACGUAAUCGAGUGGUUUUGAACGAUUUUAAACGCGCUGUUGCCAAAUGAAUGUUUACAUUCUUCAUUAUUAUCCUUAAAUCAAAUAUAACAAUCAUUACUCGGCAACACCGCGGUAGAUAUGGUUCAAAAUCGCUUCAAGAAAGCCUGUAAACUACAACAUUAGUUUUUCUUUUUUUUUUUAAUAAAAUAGAUUUCUUAGAUUUUAUUUCUUGGUUUUGUAUUUUUUCUUUUUGUUCGUUUUUUUAUCGGCGUUCAGGAUUAUAACUGCUUCUUCUUCGCUAUCGGUGGCGACAUCUCUUAAAUACCGACAGGUUUAGGCACUUCUACAACAACGAUUUCAUCAUCGACAUCAUCAUCGUCUUCAUCGCUUAUUUCCCAUAUUUUACUACCGUCUUUUUCGUUGAUCGGAAUUAAAGCGGCCGUACCUUCACCUACAAAUUCGCGUAUUUAACAAACAAAUUCGUUUAAAUCUAAACAAAUAACAACCUAAAUUUUCUAUAUUCGCCACUUGUACGACCUCCUCGACAUCCAUCUUCGUUGUAACCUCCUCCUGUUUCUUCUCCUUCGAUUUCUUCUUCUUCCGUUUACCAUCACCCGCCCACGGAUCGAUAUAUUUCUCUAAAUUCAUCGCCGCUAAAUCGUUGAAGAGAUGCUCCAUAUUGAAACAUUCCUUCGAUUUCAACCUGAAAUUAAACCUCCAAAAUUAUCCAUUUACAUACCCUAUAUAGGAUGUUAAUUAAUCGAAUGCCAAUACCUCGGUUUAGGACACGUAUUGAUAUAAACUCUUCUUCUUUUAACCACCAAAAUAUUCGACAUUCAAUCAAUUCAAUCAACACCCUGUAAGUUAUCUACAAUACCUCUUCUCCGCAUCCUUCUCGA